AUGGUGACCAAGCCCUCGCCGUGGAUGAGGAGGCAAGGGGAUCGGACGGCGGCGAGGAGGGCACGGAGAACGGAGAGCUCGAUGACCUCGUCGCCGAUUGAGCACGAGCGGCAGACGGCGUCGAGGAGGCGGAGGAUGAGGGAAGGGGAAAUGGAGGAAGGGUCGGCCUCGCCGCGGAUGAGGGAGAGGGAGAAGAGCUUGAAUGCGCACUCGAGGGCGGGCUCGGCGACCUUGGCGUAG